CUUUCCCUCCGGCGUUUCAAGAAGUGCAAAAACCAAAAAUACAUCAGCAAUUAGGUGUGCGGUUCCGGUGUUAAGUCUCUCUUCAGCCGAGAGAGAAGCCCUACACUGGUUGUAGAACGGACUCAGGGAGGGGAACGAGAGAGACAAGAUGUCGUCGACGCUACUGGAGGUGACAAGGGCGGGACACGAAGAGGUGGAGCGGUUCGAGCGGCUUAUAGUCAAGGACCUGCAAACCGAGCCGCCUACCAGCAAAGAUCGCCUUUUCCAGAGCCACCGAGUUCGCAACAUGAUCGACACCAUCACCUCGACCACCGAGAAACUCAUUGAGGUUUAUGAAGAUAAAGAUAAUGCUAGGAAGGAUGAGAUUGCAGCUCUUGGAGGCCAAACUGCUAGUGGAACUAACGUCUUUAGUGCAUUUUAUGAUAGAUUGAAAGAGAUUCGUGAGUACCACAGGAAGCAUCCAGCUGCUCGUGUUGUUGAUGCUAAUGAAGAGUAUGAGGGACUGCUUAAAGAGGAACCAAUCAUCGAGUUUACGGGAGAGGAAGCCUUUGGCCGGUAUCUAGACAUGCAUGAAUUGUACAAUCAGUACAUUAACUCUAAGUUCGGAGAACCGAUUGAAUACUCUGCUUACCUUGAUGUAUUUUCCAAGCCACAGAAUAUACCUCACAAACUGAAGUCGACAAGGCAAUACCGGGAGUACAUGGAGAAUCUACUUGAGUAUUUGAUUUAUUUCUUUCAGAGGACAGAGCCACUGCAAGAUCUUGAUAGAAUAUUUUCAAAGGUUGUGUCUGAGUUUGAGCAGCAGUGGGCUGAACAUAAGGUACAAGGAUGGGAGAAUGAUGGUCAGGAAAAUGGAGAUGCUCCCACGCAGCAUACUAUGAUUGAUCUUGAUUAUUACAGCACGAUUGAAGAACUGAUGGAAGUUGGCCCAGAAAAGUUAAAGGAGGCAUUGGCAGCAUUAGGACUAAAAACUGGUGGUACUGUCCAGCAGCGUGCAGAGAGGCUUUUCCUUACAAAGCACAUACCUUUGGAAAAACUGGACAAGAAACAUUUUGCCAAAGGCACACGUGGGUCAGGACAAAAUGGGGCUGUUGUGGCUGGUCAAGACUUUGAUAGUUUGAAAGACAUUGCCCUGAUGGAGGCCAAAAUGAAGAAAAUUUGUGAUUUGUUGAGUGAGACUAUAGAACAAACAAAGGAAAAUAUAGUGAAGAAGCAGGCACUGACAUAUGAGGAAAUGGAACAAGAAAGAGAGGAGGAAGAGACACAAGUUGACACUGAGAGUGAUGAUGAAGAACAACAGAUCUAUAAUCCCCUCAAACUGCCAAUGGGUUGGGAUGGGAAGCCAAUACCUUAUUGGCUUUAUAAGCUUCAUGGUCUGGGGCAGGAAUUUAAGUGUGAGAUAUGUGGGAACUACAGCUAUUGGGGGCGUAGGGCUUUUGAAAGGCAUUUUAAGGAAUGGCGUCAUCAGCAUGGGAUGCGUUGCCUUGGUAUUCCUAACACCAAAAAUUUCAAUGAAAUCACAUCGAUUGAGGAAGCGCAGGCACUUUGGAAAAAGAUACAAGAAAGGCAAGGACAGAACAAGUGGCGCCCAGAUCUUGAAGAGGAAUACGAAGACAGAGAGGGUAACAUCUACAACAAAAAGACAUAUACUGAUCUGCAGCGCCAGGGACUGAUUUAAGCAAAAUGGUCUCCCCAAACAAAGGAAGCCUUGGUUUGACUUCUAGAUUCCAAUUUGUAGAGUAAUAUCUUGCUACCCGGAUGCAUGUUAUUUCUUUAUCCAUGGUCCUUGACUUCUAUCGGUCUUAUUAUCUUUUGUGACCUUGUUAAAAACUAACGUAUUCAGUUUGCUGUAUUUUUGCACUUCAUGGUCUGGUAGCUGGGAUGCUGCAUACUUUAAAUUUUGUAUUUUUAGUCUUGGAAAGAGGGAAAAAGGAUCAGUAACUUCCUAAUUGCAGUAUCUUCAUUUUGGUCUUGUUGUGGGAAGAAUUGUAUUAAGAUCUCUGUUCUCAAUUGAUUUGAUAGAAUUAUUUUGUUUCACUAGACACCCUGGUCUAACGGUGGAAUGAAUUUAGAGACAAUGG